CAGCUUAUGUUAAAUAUGGCUGCCCCCUUGUUGCACGAGAAAACACAAAUCAGGGUGAGCUCAGUUCUUAACCGAGAUGUAAAGCAGUUUGGGAAGAAGUACCUGACAGAUGGAGAGGAGGAUACAUGCUGGAACUCAGAUCAGGGCUGUCCACAGUGGAUUCUGGUGGACUUUCACCGCGAUGUAAAGGUGAAGGACAUUCAACUUCAGUUUCAAGGCGGGUUUGCUGGCAAGGAAUGCUGGGUUGAGUCAGGGAAGGAGGCAGUUCAUAUGAGCAAGACGGCAGACUUUUACCCUGAAGAUAUCAACUCACUGCAGACAUUCACACUGUCAGAGGCGCCUGUUGCCACGGUAAUGAGAAUCGUUUUUAACAGCAGCACUGAUUUCUUUGGUCGUAUAACUCUAUACAAGCUGGACGUCCUGGGUGAACCAUCCUGACAUGAUAAGGGAGAUAACUCAAAGCUUAACAGAGACCAUCAAUGUUAUUAGUCAAGAUAAGGGAGGUAACUCAAAGCUUCUAUACAAGCUCGACAUCCUGGGUGAACCAUCCUGACACUAUGUGGAACCUAAGGUACAGGAGCUAGGCAUUACAAGCGAGACAACGCAGGACAGGGUGGAAUGGCGGCAUGGAACUCCCUGAAGCUCAUCACAGCUGUAUUUCUAGUUGCUGUCUACUGAAAUAUCCACUUGGAAGAGUAUCAUCAUUUUAUAUUGUGUACCUUGUCAGCUGAGCCAGUGAUGCAAGAGCUGAUUGUUACUAAAUGGUUCUGGGUCAGUAGGUAGCCUUAUGGUUACUGCCUUGCUUGUAAUGCUGAAGACCCAGGUUUGAUUCCCCACAUGGAUCCAGUGUGUGAGGCUCACUUGGUAGAUGCAUGUCAUCGUAUCUCAAUUGGGACCGUGGGGUAGCCUAGUGGUUUAAGCGUUCGUUCAUCA